CCACUUCAACUAAAAUUUUAAGUUGUUAGUGAGUAUAUAGUGACGUAAAAUCGUGAUCUUGACAGAGAGGUAGUCUAAAAAAGAUCCACAAUCACCCUAUUCUAAACAAUAGAGCCCAUCAUAUGCACUUUGAACCAUCUCCACACUAGUUUUUCACUAGUCAUUUUCCUCUUUAAAUUCUCUUGCAUAUCAUGCUCUUCUUCCUACUCUCCUCUCUUCUAUUCACUUUAUUCACAUAGAAGAAAGAGAAUUCAUAAAAGAAAGAAGAAUCGUCUUCUUCUUCUUUCGAACUUAACUCGAUUUGUUUUUCUUCUUUUUGCCGAUAAGAGAUGUUCAUCUCACUAUCUCAUAGCACGUUUAAGCUAAAAGCCACAAUCCUAAGACUCGUACUACUUUUCUUGCUCGGCUUCACAAUCAAUAAAGACAACCUUUGUUCUAACCACCCCUUUGCCAACCCUACAGUUCCACCAAUAACCGUACAUUCAUCAUCGAUGGCAAAGAUGAUAUUCGACGGACACCUCAGCCUCCACAACAACGAACACGCAGCAAAAGACUUUGGCAAUAGAUACAAUCUAAUGCCAUCAGCAGUAUUACACCCAAAAUCAGUUUCCGAUAUUUCUUACAUCAUAAGACAUGUUUUCGACUUAGGUCUAAAUUCUGAGCUCACUCUUGCUGCUAGAGGCCACGGCCACUCUUUAGAAGGCCAAUCACAAGCAUAUCAAGGUGUAGUCAUCAAUAUGGAAUCAUUUAAAUUACCAAGAAUGAGAUUUCACUUUCAAACAGGAACAAAACAACCUUAUAUCGAAGUAUCGGCUGGAGAACUUUGGAUUAACAUUCUGCAUGAGAGUCUUAAACAUGGGUUAGCUCCGAAAUCAUGGACAGAUUAUCUUCAUCUCACAGUUGGAGGCACUUUAUCCAAUGCUGGAAUAAGCGGACAGGCGUUUAGGCAUGGCCCCCAGAUUGACAAUGUCUACCAGUUACAAGUUGUCACAGGCAGAGGAGAAGUGAUGACUUGUUCGGAAAAGCAGAACGAAGAUCUUUUCCACGGUGUACUCGGUGGAUUAGGACAAUUUGGUAUUAUCACCAAGGCUAGAAUUGCACUAGAGCCUGCACCAAGAAUGGUUAAAUGGGUCAGAGCACUGUACUCGGACUUUUCUACAUUCACCGAUGACCAAGAGCAUCUCAUAUCUUCUGAAAACUCUUUCGAUUAUAUAGAAGGGUUCGUCAUUAUAAACAGAACCGGACUAUUGAAUAACUGGAGGUCGUCAUUCAAUCCCAAAGACCCGAUUCUGGCCAAUCGGUUCAUUUCCGAAGGUAGGGUUCUCUAUUGCCUAGAAGUUGCAAAAUAUUUCAGCCCACAAGAAUAUGAUCACAUUGAUCAGGAUGUAGAUAAACUGUUAUCGAAACUGAAUUACCUUCGAUCAACUCUCUUCUUGUCGGAAGUCUCGUACAUCGAUUUCUUGGAUAGAGUCCAUGUUUCUGAAAUGAAACUGAGAGAAAAAGGUCUUUGGGAGGUGCCACAUCCAUGGCUGAAUCUUCUUGUUCCAAGAAGCAGUAUUCAUGAGUUUGCCCAACAAGUUUUUGGCAACAUUGUUAAGGAUACAAGCAAUGGUCCUGUCCUAAUAUACCCUGUCAACAAAUCAAGGUGGAAGAAUCGAACAUCUUUGGUGACACCUGAAGAGGAUGUCUUCUACUUAGUUGCUUUUCUGUCAUCGGCAAUACCAUCUUCCACCGGAAAAGAUGGGUUAGAGCACAUUUUGACACGAAAUGACAGAAUUCUUGAAUUUUGUGGGAGGCCCCAUUUGGGGAUCAAGCAGUAUUUGCCUCACUAUAGUACUAUUGCAGAGUGGAAAGCUCAUUUUGGGAAUCAGUGGGAAGUCUUCUACAGAAGGAAAUUGAUUUAUGACCCUCUGGCAAUCUUGGCUCCCGGACAAAGAAUAUUCCAGCGAGCACACGCCUUUGGACGACAGUGACCUCUAUUCAAUGAAGCAUAUUAAAUGUACAUAAUUGUACGAUUUUUCUGCUUCUUGUCUCAGAUCUGGAGCAACAUAUGAUAUGCACUCCGAUAGUCUUAGACUUCAAAAUUUCACUCUCAUAAAACAACCAAUGCUCAUUCACCUAUAAAAAUGUAUGAUCGGCGCCAUAAUUUAGCGUAGGUGGCAAUAUAAUCGAAGGGAUUAUUUUUAUUAUUA